AGGCAAACAAAAUAAACGAUCGUGAUCAAAUCCCACACGAACCAUACAUACAAGAACACUUGAGCUUUACUGUUAGGGUUUCCAAAGCUGCCGCAUUUAUCAUCGCAAACACAUAUCGGUAGGCAAAGCUGUCAGCUAGAAGACUCGAAAAUGCCGUCGCACAAAACUUUUAUGAUUAAGAAGAAGCUAGCGAAGAAGAUGAGGCAAAACAGGCCUAUUCCUCACUGGAUUCGCAUGCGCACCGAUAACACCAUCAGGUAUAACGCGAAGCGCAGGCACUGGCGCCGUACCAAGCUUGGAUUUUGAGGCUGCUUUGAGUAAUUCGCUGUUCUUUAUAGGACUUAAUAUUAUGGAAGUGAAAAGUGUUGUAUUGAUAUGAAGAGAUUAGAAUUUACAAGUGAUAAUUACGUUUCUGAUUAGUAAUUCUUUCUGAAUUGAUUAUCGAAUGCAAUGAAUUAAUUGCUUGCUUUGGCCA